GAUUGGCUGUCCCACUCGGUUACCUUGGCGGGGAUUGGCUGCAUUGCUCCGUGACUGCUUCCGGGCAGAGCCUUGUGCUUCCGGUGAAGCUGCAUUUCAUAAACCCGUAACAUUAACACACAGGGAGUGAUGCUGUCCGUGUCUCGCUCGGUCGUCUGCGGCCUGGCACGCGCCCCCGCUGCUGUUAGCCAGGGGGGGGUGUCCGUCAUCACUCGCUUCAACAGCACGGCUCAGGGGACACCUAAGAAAACCAAGUUUGGGCCGCUGGCAGAUGAGGACAGGAUUUUCACAAACCUUUACGGUCGUCAUGACUGGAGGCUGAAGGGGGCCCUCAGACGGGGGGACUGGUACAAAACCAAGGAGAUUCUCCUGAAGGGGGUGGACUGGAUCCUGAAUGAGAUCAAGGGUUCCGGUCUGCGUGGCAGAGGUGGAGCGGGCUUCCCCACCGGCAUGAAGUGGGGUUUCAUGAACAAACCCAGCGAUGGCCGACCCAAGUAUUUGGUGGUGAAUGCAGACGAGGGAGAACCGGGGACGUGCAAGGACCGGGAGAUCAUGCGAAACGACCCUCAUAAGCUGGUGGAAGGCUGUCUGAUUGCUGGCAGGGCCAUGGGGGCGCGUGCCGCCUACAUUUACAUCCGAGGAGAGUUUUACAACGAGUCCUCCAACCUGCAGGUCGCCAUCAACGAGGCCUACGCCGCCGGGCUGAUCGGCAGGGACGCCUGUGGCUCCGGGUACGACUUUGACGUGUUUGUGAUGCGCGGCGCCGGCGCGUACAUCUGUGGCGAGGAGACGGCUCUCAUAGAGUCUCUGGAGGGAAAGCAGGGGAAGCCGCGCCUCAAGCCCCCCUUCCCUGCUGAUGUGGGUGUGUUCGGUUGCCCCACAACUGUUGCUAACGUGGAGACCGUGUCCGUGGCGCCCACCAUCUGUCGUCGGGGGGGCACUUGGUUUGCAGGCUUUGGUCGAGAAAGGAACUCUGGCACCAAGUUGUUCAACAUUUCUGGUCACGUGAACCACCCGUGCACCGUGGAGGAGGAGAUGUCCAUCCCUCUGAAGGAGCUCAUCGAGAGACACGCAGGGGGUGUGCGUGGAGGCUGGGAUAACCUCCUGGCCGUAAUCCCCGGUGGAUCCUCUACUCCCCUCAUUCCCAAGAAUGUGUGUGAGGAGGUUCUGAUGGACUUUGAUGGACUCAUCCAGGCCCAGACGGGGCUCGGCACGGCGGCUUUGAUCGUCAUGGACAAAUCUACUGAUAUCAUCAGAGCCAUCGCACGUCUGAUUGAGUUCUACAAACACGAGAGCUGUGGCCAGUGCACGCCGUGCAGAGAGGGCGUUGACUGGAUGAAUAAGAUGAUGUGGCGUUUUGUCCGCGGCGACGCACGGCCAGCAGAGAUCGACAUGAUCUGGGAACUCAGCAAGCAGAUUGAAGGCCACACCAUCUGUGCUCUCGGUGACGGUGCGGCGUGGCCCGUGCAAGGAUUAAUCAGACACUUCAGACCCGUGAUGGAAAGUCGCAUCGCUGAAUUCCAGCAACAGAAGCAAGCCAGAGCUUAAACGUCUACUGCGCUCCUUUUUCCCUGCAUCGUUUGUCGCUGAGCCUUCGCUUGUCAUUCUGAAAAUAUUUAAACAUAGAUGGACCGUCUGAUCCUCUGAUCUCAUUGGUAAAACUGCGGUGUUCUACUAAAAUGCCAAUAAAGUUAUAAUAAUUGAAAAAAAA